CAGGAAGUGUAAACAUUGUAAACAUGAUUUUCAGAAAAUUGGUGUCACUAUUGAUUAGAAUGAUUAACUGCUGAUAACUGAUUAGUAAAAAUCAUGUGAAAAUCUAAAAUACCUGAUAAAAUGUGCAGGGAUAAACUAUUGCUUCGAUGCUGACACUAUUUCAUGUGCUUUAAUUUCCAUUACCAAGAUUGAAAAUUGUCUUGUGUGGUUUUGUUUUUUAGGAAAAUGGUACAAAUAUUUCUAACUACGUAGAAAGGAAUGUAUCUGUGAUAGGCUAUUGUACAAGCCUGAACAUGAGAUAAUGGCAGAAAGAAAAGAUAGAAAAGCUGGUAGCAAAUAUGAAGCCAACGCUGAAAGCAGUCCAGGGACAAAACCUUCUGAAAUGUUGGAAAGUCAAGGAAAGAUGAGAUCAAAAAAAUCGAAUAAAGGACAUCAUGAAUCAAAGCUAGAAAAAUUGAAGAAUGUUGUUAUUAGAAUUCUGAAGAAACAUCCAGAUGGUGUUUUGAAAAAUGAUAUCUGGACACUUGUUCAUAAAGAGACAGGACUAAGAGUCAGUGCAAAAGAUUAUGGAGUAUCAAAAAUGGGCCGUGUGUUUGAGAAGUGGACAGAUGUUAUUCAGAUGAAUGCAGAAAAGCUAUUCUUAGUGAGUUCUCAGGAAACGUUAAAUGAGAAUGAUUUUUCACCAACAGAGUUGGAAGGGUUUGGUGAGGAAAAGGAAUCUGUCACACAAAGUUUUUGUCUGAGUUCAGUGUCUGAUAUACAUACUGCUCAAAAAGAAAAUAUUCUGUAUGAAACAGAUCUAAAAAGAGAACAAAAAAGACAUGAUGACAAUAACCGUGUUCAAACAGGGUCUGACCAUGAUCUAACAAUGUUGCCAGAUGUUUUUAAUACAAACCAUAGGAGAAACAAGAAAACCAAAGAUCACUUUGCUGACUUUGUGAAGCAAAACAAGAAUAUUGUCACAUUUGGGUUCUUAUCUGAUUCAGAUUUAUCGGAUGAGUCUGAUGUUGAUACUGAUGACGAAAGAAAAGAAAUUAAAUCAGUUAUAGAUGAGCUUAUAGAUGGUCAGAAUGCUGAACCACCAAAGCCAGUGAAUGGUCAGAAAGCACCUUCAAUGCCAAGUUGGAUGCAUAUUGCCGAUGCUUCAAAACCACCUGAAAUUACAAAACUGGAAACUUUACAAGCUAGAAUGCAAUUACCAGUAAGAGAACAACUGGGAAUGCCUGCAGUUAUAAGAGAAGAACAGAGAAAGUUAGCAAUACAAACAGAACCUGUUAUUGCACAUGGACAAGGCCAUGCACAGGGUAUAAUGUCAAAACCUUUAAAGGAACCACCAGGACUUUCAUUGUCAGUUAAUAAAGAACCUGCUGUGCAAGGGUUAGGUUCGAGUCAGUCAGAAAUACCAUCCCAUCAGUUUGGUGUAACAACUCCAGGACUAGGCAACAUGGGAUUUCCUCUACAAGGUAUGGUGAAUAGAUUUUAUAUGCCAGUGCAAGGCCAUAAUCAAUUAGGAAUGAUGUUUCCAACCUAUGGGCAAACUGGGAUGUCCUUAUUUGGAAUGCCAAUAACAUAUAGACUACCAGUGCCUGCUGAUGGUCAGUUCGGAAUGGGAACUUCACAGAAUGUAGUGAAUCACACCACACCUAUGCCCCAAAACAUGCAUAUUGUCGGACAACCGCCCAAAGCUACAGAGUUAAGUGGAAUACCAACAACUGGGACAAUACCACGUGAAUCCCCUUCACUGAUUUCUGCAUCUGAAAGUUUCAUGUCAACAACCCAAGGUAGCCCAGUGAAUACAAAAACCUGGAGUCAUGUAGUAAUGUCUAAAUCCAUGUCAAAAAGUCCGUCUCCUAUUUCAAGUCCUAGUGUUGAACCAAAUUCAGACAACACUAAUUUAAAAGCAGGAAAACCAACCCCAGCCUGGACGAAGGUAGAUGAACGAGAAUCUUAUUUGAGCCAAGUGAAAAUGCCGUCACCUGCACCUAGAAUGACACUGACACCAGUAUCAAAUUUUACAGAAUUGUCAUCAAAACAGGACAAUGCAGGAGAUCAUGUUGGAAUGUCGUCUGCUGGUAUUUCAUCUUUAUACAAUAAUAUAUACAAGAAUCAAGCGGUCAGACCAUCAACUAGAGUCAGUCAAAUGACAAUGCCGAUGCCUUUGACCGUACCUGGGAGAAACCCACCUGGAGCACCAACAGUACCAUCAACUAGAGUCAGUCAAAUGGCAAUGCCGAUACCUUUGACUGUACCUGGGAGAAACCCACCUGGAGCACCAACAGUAGACUGGGGACAAUACAGUCUUCCAAAACAACAUAUGCAAGUGGGCUAUGAAGGAAUAAUACCCCAAAAUCAUACAGCUUUGAUUGAAAACAAGAAGGAGCAGCAAACAGUAAUCAGUCAAUUCAAUAGAUGGGAUCUUGACCAGUGGCAACCAUUUGCAGAUGAUAUUAAAGAUUUUGCAGUAAAGCCAAUAGAUAAGGAAGAAUUUGAGGCAAAGAUUAUAGAGGUCAGGCCAGUUUAUGUCCCACUAGGCAGAAAACCAUCAGGUGAACAAGUGGACAGUGUUGCAAAAGAAUGUAUUGAAAUGUUGGCUGAUGCAAAUGAAUUUGUCACCCAAGAAAGAGUGGAAAAACUUCUUCUUCAGAGAUUUGGCUGCAAUGUUAUUCAAGAGCUUGGAGUAUACAAUGUCGACCAAAUACCAUGUGUUUUUGAACAUAAAAGACUUGUAAGCAAAAUCAACACUUACAUCACAGCUUUUCUGAAAACAAGGUCAAUAUGUACUCUUCAUGAGCUAAAGGAAGCCCUAAGAGACUAUGUUCCUGACAAGGGAGACUUUAGCAUAUUGAAAACUGGACCUCUUCAGAGAUUCCCGGUUGUAUUUCAACAAUUCCGUUUUCCACCGGAUCAAGCAGAAAUUCCUGAAAUUACAAGUAUGGAUAUUCUUGAACACUUUAACAAUUAUCUGUCAAAAAACAGAUUGUGGGUUAAUAGUAAACUAGAACUAGAGCCGUUCAUGAACUACCUAGUGCAAGAAUAUGAUGCUGAUAAUGCUUACAUGCUCGGAGUAAGAAUUAGGUCACUGCCACUAGCCAUUGGAGUAUUGAAGAAAGCUAAAAGAGAUUCUGCAGCCAGUCACCAUGAAAUCAAAGACCAUUUUGAAGAAAAUUUGAAGACUGAAAUUGGAGAUGCUUUCAGGAAAUUUCGAAUCAGUAUUUUACAAACCGGAGAGGGUGAUGGACUGGAAGUACGCAGGCAUUAUUUAAAGAUGAAACCAGAACUAGUCAUCAUGGAAAUAUUUGACAAGUUUAAUGUACUCCUUAUGGUGACACAGGACAGGAGACUUACAAAACCUACAAAGUUCAGGAGGGUCGUUGAGGAUUUCUUGACAAUGCUGAGGGAAGAUGAUCUGGGCAAGAAUAUUCUACACCUUGCUAUAUGCAUGUCAAACACUGCUGUUGAAGAGACAGUUAGAGAGAUGUUUACUCCAGCUGAUGAUGAUAGUGAUGACGAAAAUGAGAAUCAGAUGCAUCAUAAACCACCUCCACGAAAAGACGCCUUGGUAGCAUCGCUAAAGACAUACAUAGAACGAUGCUUGAAUGCUGGUGCCGUCAGUCUUACACAUCUGAACCGCAUUGAAGAGAAAAUGCUCGAAGAGUUUGGAUUUCCUGAUUUUGGUAUGAUGGGUUAUGGAAGAUUUCUAGAGUUUCUUCUGUUAGAGGAGACAAAACAGAUACUGGAAGAAAGUGUUGGGUUACUUCUUGGUUCUGGAUCAGGAGGUGGGGACUGCGAAUCAUCAUUUAAACCCCAACAGAUGGACUUGGUGGAUUUCAUUAAGCAAUGCAGACAUCAGGAAGAUAGUCAGCCUGACCAUGUAGAGGAGGCCUUAUGUGCACAUUACAGUGUGAAGAACGUGCGAGACCUUGGUUACGGUAACACCAUGAGACUAUUAAGUUAUGCAGAGAAACAUGGAAAACACAUGCUGGAACAAUGUUGCGUAUUUUAUGAGUCAGCACUUGCUCAGUCUGUCAGGUUUUCGCAGAAUUCCAGUUUGAAGGUUGGAAUUUUGGGUCAUCAGACCAGAGAUGCUGCAAAAAUCUGCCUACACAACUGCCCUCUCCUGGAAAAUAUGGCUGACUGGAGUCAGUGGAGUCUUGUGUUUGAGCCAGAACUUGGAAAACUGAAAGAUUUUGUGCAGAAAUAUGGAGGUGUGACAACAAAAACGUUGGAAGGGGGUAAAAUUGUAACCCUUGACUUCCUGGCUUUGGAGAGAAAACCUGGAGAACUUGUCAAAAUUGUGUCAUCAACAGCAGUAGAGAAUGUUGCCAUGGCUUUGAAGAAUCGUGAUGUUCAGUCUACAACAGGUCAUUUGGUUUCCAUGGUAGUUGCAUACAAAGGUAUUGAUAAUAUGCCUCUUGCUCUGAUUGCAAGACAUAUGAAGACUGCACUUAUACAAAUACAUGCAGAGGAACCUAGACUGGAAAUGACGGCUGGUCUCCCAAGUCAGAAUACUGCUGCUCUGUUUACUCUACAAUGCAUUUUGCGCAUACCCACCAAGAUAUGUGUCUCACUUGCCAACCAAAUAUUCCUGGAACCUUUGGGACAAGUUGUAGGCUCAACCAAGUCCAAAAUAUUGCUUGUACAGUUGUGUAAGACUGAGACAGAGCUAAGUCAUUUGAUACAAUUAGGGUGUUUACUAGGAAUUCAGGAAUGGACAGACGUAAUGCAGCAAAAAUGUCAACUCCAUGACUUAGUUGUACAGAUACUUCCAUCAGAAGUUAAAGAGUUCUUUGAAAAUGACCAUUGUGAGGAAGAGGAAGAGGGAUAUAUUGAAGUGUCAGAUGAUUCUGAUACAGAAGAUGUUGAUGAAAUUUUAGCUGGGGAACUUUCUGUUGAUGAAGUGAAAGUGACAGGGGAAAGUAACAAAAUUAUAUAUGAGCGUGAAGCUCAAGACAAAGAGAAAAAGAUCACCAUCCCUUCAGCGGAAACUGCAAAGGAGAAGAAAGAUAUUGAGGAUGAUACAACGAAGGAAAUAUCAUCAUGUGAAGCAAUUGUUAACCAGAUACGCCGAGAUGAGUUUGGUGUGGGUGUUCAGCUCAGUGAAGAUGGACAAAGGCUGAUGAAAGUACAACAAGAACGACUGGGUAGAAGUUUAGACCGCCUUUCCAAAGAUCUGUACAGCAAAGACACACACUUUGUACUAGAGUUAGUUCAGAAUGCAGAUGAUAACAGUUAUUCUGAUAAUCUUCUUAAUGACACAACAGACAAUUGCCCUUCAGUGAAGUUUGUAAUAGAGCAUGAAGGAAUAUAUGUCCUGAAUAAUGAACAAGGAUUUAGAGAGAAAGACAUCAGGGCUCUCUGUGACGUUGGAAGAAGUACCAAAGGAAAACAUAAAUUUGGAUAUAUUGGACAAAAGGGAAUUGGUUUCAAAUCUGUUUUCCGAAUUACUGAUGUGCCAGAAGUGCAUUCCAAUGGGUACCAUAUCCGGUUUGAUGUAAACAGUGGACCUACGGGUUAUAUACUGCCACACUGGGUACCAGAGGAGGAAAGAAUCAGUCAGGAUGAAUGGAUGACCCAUAUAAUUCUGAAGUUGAAGGCGGACAUGAGACUGCAGACACGAACCCUGGCUGCAAGGUUUAAUGAUAUACACCCUUCACUGCUUCUUUUCUUGCACAGGCUGAGACAAAUUACUGUAGAAAACAAGGUUGAGAACUCUGUUCAGACUAUGCGAAGGCGGGACAUUGGUGACAAUGUUGUCGAAAUACAACAUGCACACGGCAGUGAAAAGUGGCUGGUUGUAAAGAAAAUGCUGGAUGCCAGUAAGAUAUCUAUACAGACAAAAUCAGGGGCAGACGUGGAAUCAACAGAAAUAGCCCUAGCUUUCCCACUAAACCAGAAGGGCAAAAAGACUACAGUCCAGAGAAUGCCCCCAAAACAACCAAUAUUUGCCUUCUUGCCUCUCAGAAGUUAUGGAUUCCGGUUCAUUAUUCAAGGUGACUUUGAUGUUCCAUCAAGUCGGGAAGAUGUAGAUAGAGACAGCUCUUGGAACCAAUGGCUUAGGAAUGAAAUACACAACGUCUUCAUAGAGUGUCUUGAUAUUUUUAGGACCCACCCUGAAUUUGGCAGUAUGGAAGCUGUGUGUGCCUUUCUUCAGUUCGUGCCUAUGGAAGAUGAAGUUCUCGAGUUCUUUAAGCCUGUUGCUUCAGAUAUACUUAAAAAACUGAAAGCAAAACAGUUUGUUCCAACUCAGGCUAAUGCUGAAGGAGUCAUAAACUGGAAAAUGCCAUCUCAGACAGUGAGGGUUCGAGAUCCACUAGUACGGAGUGUUAUCACAGCUGACCUACUUGAGGAACAUUUGAAUCUGUUCUAUCUUCAUAGCGAUGUUGCUGCCAUAUUGAAUCCUGCCUUGACCUCUUGCCUAGGCAUAGAGACCCUGACAUCUGACCAUUUGUUCCAGCUAGGAAAGGCCCUUAUACUGAACAAGGGGACACAUUGUAGCAAAGAGGAAGACAUAAUCCUGAUUUCAAAGUGGAUGGCAUGUUUAUAUCGUAGCUUGGAUGAAUUUCACCACGACGAUACGAUACUGACAACACUUAAAUCACAUCGUAUGUUUCCUCUCUCUGAUGGAGAACUUGUCUUGCUGCAAGACAAAACAGUGUUCUAUCUAGUAAAAAUAUCCAAUGCUGACAGACAGAACAAAAAAGAUCCAUUAUGUUAUUUACAACAAGAUGUGAAAAGCAUACACCCCUUAUUGCUGAACACAGGUGAUGAUGAAGUAAACAGUCAGGUUCAGAAACUCUUACAGAGACUAGGAAUCAAACAGUUAUCUCCCUUUGAUGUGAUAAAUCAUCAUAUAUUACCAGUUCUUAAGUCUGACUUGUGGAAGUCAAAACAGCCAGAAACACUGGUAUCCUAUUUAGUGUAUGUAAAAGGUCAAACAGAAAAACAGGUGUCUGUUUGCAACUUUGAUGAGUUCAAGGAUGUUGCUGUGGUAAUGACAAACAAAGGCUUUAAAAAUCCAAGCUUGGAACCAGUGCAUUUCCCUCCACAAUAUGGGAACCAAAUCCAUCUGAAAGAAAUCUUCAGUGGUUAUGACUGGACGCUGGUUGAUCCUUGCUACCUUCCUAACCCAUGUACUCAGUCUGUGGUCAUCAGUUGGCAAAAUUUCUUGAGGAAGCUUGGGGUUGAGGAUUUUCUCUCAUUCAGGAAGAAAGACAUACACAUUAAAAGAGAUGAACUGGAACAGUCAUUAUGGAAAAGUCAGAGUGUCUUAUGGCCAAAAGAAGAGCACGAGUUUAUUGUACAAGAUUAUUACAGUGCUGAGGUAGAAGGCCUUAUAAAGAACAACCGUUAUGGAAGCGAUCUUCUGUUUGCAGAUCAAAUGAGGUACUUGUUCACAUAUUUAGACCGCCACUGGGAUAGUCGGUUUUCAAAAUAUUGUAAGGUACAAGUUUUAGAUAAAGAUGGAAACAAGUUAAAAGAGACUGACUCCUCCUUCAGCAUUUUGUUGCGUACUUCUGAUUGGUUGCCGGCUGUGGAAACCAUGACAGCACAAGAUGUAACAGGCUUCUUGAAGCGUGAGAAGCAGAUUGUGAUGAAACAACCUUCUGGUUUAUACAUUGAAUCUGAUGUUGUACAGAGUCUUCUGUUUGACAAAGUUCUUUAUUUGAAUGCUAAAACCAUCGGAGGAUCAUUCUGUCAGUUUCUUGGCAUCAGAAAUUCUGUUGAAGUGAAAACAGUAAAAGAUCUGUUGUUGCAGUGGAGUGAAAGAAAGGAUGAAGAUUUACCAGCUGUGUUUUGUACAACACUUGAACACAUGAAAAAUGUCUACCGAUAUCUAAGUGCCCAAUUAACACGACAGGAAUUUCAGAAUUUGUUACAAGAGAAACCAGUGUUCUUUGUACCAGAUAAAAAUGCUGUGAAUGUUGCAAGAGAUAUAGUGGUACCUGGGAAAAUGCUAAACAAAAAUGAAAUUUGGUUGGUUGAUAGGACAGGACUAUUUGCUAAGCAUAGACGGGUUCUUGAAGAAUUCCACUCGGAGAUUUGUAACAAAACGACCAUAGCUGAGUUUUACAGUGACAGCACAGAUCUCAUCGAAGUCUUCAAAGUAGAGGCUAAAUUGGAUGUGCAGCCAAAGCUUGAUGAAUAUAUAAAACUGCUGAGCCUACUUUGUGGUACAAGUUCACCAAAGGAAACCGAUGUUUUAAAUGAUGUACUAUAUAUCUUCUCUACAAUUGGUGAAAUGUUGGUUACUCCCCCAGUCGGUAUACCCGGUGGACAGGCAGGCAAUAAUGCCCUUGACGCACUUAAAGUCUUUGUAAAGAGAAAGCUGAAAAAACAAAAGGUGUUUCCAACAAACAAACAGGUUUGGGUGAGUCUAGAAGACCAACCAAUGAUCCCUGACAAUAGGGAAUGGGAGAAAAUGUUUAUUGAUAAACAGGGUGUUCACUUUCUGGAUAUGGAAAAUAAGACAAACAGAACAUCACGGACAGGUAGAGGUGGUACAGUGCAGCGUGGACAUAGGAGUAAAGUUGCAGAUUGUCAUAUACAGCCGGAAAUGAUAAAUGUUGUGGUUGAAGUAUGCAGUAUCAAGAAAUUAAGUGAAUGUGUGGAUAUUAGACCAACUCCAGAAAUGAUAUCACCUUGUCCACAAAUGCAGAAGUAUUUCAGCCAAAUAGUUCCAGUUCUUCAGCAGUAUUUAACUGCAAAGUUUGAUGAAGUUUACCAAAGUUUGGAACAGACUAACAUCAGAAAAAUAUUGGCAGAUGGAAAGUUUUACCAGACGGGCCAUCUAGAAGUGAGCUACUGGUUACCAAACUUGUCAAAUGACACAUUUGUCAUCCAGCAAGAGAAAUGUAUAAUACAUCUUCCAGAAUUCUACUUCCACCGGGAACAUCUGACUAACUUCAAAGAGAUUGUAAGGGAAAUUGCGAGAUACUUCAGUUGGGGAAAUACAGAUUGUAACAAUUUACUCAGGUCUUUCUUGUCUGAGCUGUCUGAUAUAAUAUCUGGAGUAUCAGAGGAGCCAGUAGAAGGCCUCCUUCAGAGAUAUGAUGCUGAUGACAUUGAUAUUCUUGAGGAAGAUAAAUGGAAUGUGGAAGCUCCUGUUUUACCAGAAGAAGACAAGCUGGAAGAAAAGGAAGCAGAAAACCUAACUGACGCAGAAAGUACACCAGAGAAGGCAGGUCAAGAGGAAGGACCAUUUGAAAUAAGGGCUUGGCCUCCAGUAGCUAAUCCCAGCAGGGUCCAGUCUAGAGCAGCAUCUGAGAUGACGGCAUCCAAUAUAUGGCCUCCACCUCAAGGGAAGGAAUAUAUGAAGUCAGUUAAGGAUCUUCCGGCUAACAUCAGAAUGGUAACCCCAGAACAUGAUUCUGAUGGCAAAAUGGUGAAACUUGGAGCUGGAGAUAAUGUAGAUAGUACUGAUGUUAUUGCAGCUACUGUACCUGUACCAGGACAAAUAGACCUCGGCCAAAACUUUGGAAUGUUCUCGGUCCAGGUUGGAUCUGGAGACAAUGCUGUACAAAGUGGACAAAUUGGACCAGUGUCUGCAGGUGGACUGUGCAAGGACGGUAGUGGACAAGCCAAUAGAUCUGGUGAAAUCCGAAACUUUGAAGCACAGUCAAAUCAAGCUGCGACUCACCCAACAUCAGAAAUAGGCCAUGACACUAACGGCCAAGACACCAAAACAGAUCUUUCAAAUGCUAAAAAUCAAACAAGAGAAAGUGCAGUUUCUGGUACAGAGGAUCAACAUAGUUUAGUUAAUGGUCUGGAAGAGCGGCCACACAUCAGUUCAAAUUCACCUGGGCUCUGUGAGGCAAAGAAAUACCAGGAAAAGCAGAACCUUGGCAGAGGACAACACAUAACAGGUGAUCCUUUCUGGAGUAACAUGGCAACAGAGUACACUUAUGAUGACCUUGGGUCUGGGAAAGACAUUUGUGUCAUUGAUAGCAUGACCUUGAAAGAAGGAAUUGGUGAAAAUGAUGUAGGACAUUGGGGUGAAGCCCUUGUAGCCCAGUAUCUGCAAAAACAGAAAGAACUCGGAAACAUACAGGAUUACUCAUGGAAAAAUUGUGAGGAAGAGACAGGAUUUCCAUUUGAUUUUGAGAUUCAACUUAAAGGUGAUGAUGGUGAGCACAGAAAUUACAUAGAGGUGAAGAGCACAGUGUCCGAGAGUAAAGAAGUAUUUGAAAUAUCAGUGCAGCAGGUCAGAUUUGCAAACCAAAUGAAGAGCAGUUUUCAUAUUUACCGUGUUUUUAAUGCAGGGAAUCCAGAGCGCGUGAAGUUGAUACGUAUCAGUAACCUUGAUAUGAGACUUUCAACAAAGCAAGUCAAGCUAUGUAUGCUAAUAUAAAAAGCAAAAUAUCAUCUUAUACUACAGGGUUGUUUCUACUAAAAACACAAUUUUGGGAUGAUUAAUGUUAUCAUUUCUGAUACACAGUUUCUACAAAUUGUAUUGGUUUUAUCUAAAACCAGACUUAAUGUAGUUAUGACUGUUAUUACAUUGCACAUUUUAGUUUAGCUAUACUAUAUCCAUACCACUGUGUUAGCAUUGGUUAAAAUUUUGAUGAACUUUCCCUUUAUCUCUGUUAUUGCUUUAUGGAUUUGCUUUUAACAUACAAUAUUUGUUCCUAAUCAUCACAAUAUCAUAUAACUCAAGUGCCAUAACUGCCGCACCAAUUAUUCAUGAAUUAUGGCCCCUUUAUACUUACAAUGAAAGGUUGAAAUUUGACGCAUUUUCAUUUUAUUUCUAUCAUUUCCAGAUGGAUUUGAUUCAGACUUAAGUGACACAAGGUCCAUAACACUGGCUCAAAUAUUUCAUGAAUUAUGACCCCAUUUAUACUUAAAAUUUCUGGUUCAAAAUUAUAUACUUUCGCUCUAUUUCAGUUAUUAAUAAAUGGACUUGAUUCAGUUUUAAACUAAUUGUCCAGUGUCAUCACCCACAUCAUGUCACAAGGUCCAUGACUCUGGCAGAAAUAUUUCUUGAAUUAUAUACCUUCUUUAUACUUAGAAUUUCAGGCUGAUGUUUUGAUACACUUGUAUAGAUGUGUGCGACUUAUUUUUGAUGAGAGGUGUGUGUAUGUAGGGGGGGCACUCAUACUCCUCACAUAAAUUUCUUCACUUAACACAUGUUUUGUUUCCUCUGACAAAGCAUUAUGCAUCGAGGUGGUGGAGCGCGCAGUCUCUUGAUAGCUCUUUUUUACAAGAGGAAACAGACGUUUGCUUCCUGGACAAAUCAGUUUUGCAGAGGACAGUUGCAUGUGGUUGAUUUGCCAGAUGUGGUUUUAGUUUUAUGAAAUCCAGGAAAGUGAUGGCAGUUUUAGAGCUGAAAAAAUGUCAGUGAAAGCCACUAAAUCUAUUGAUUGUAUUCUGCUAAUUAAUCCCAUAGUUUGAAAUUGUUUUAAUUAUUUGAAGUAAAGCAAAUACAGUGUUGGCUGUUUUAAGAUGAAAACACAGCCAACAUUCAUAUUAUGUAAAAGACUGGCUUGUUUUAAAUCUUAUGUCUUUGAAUGUAUAGCUAUUGAAUCAUUAUUUACUCAUUUUGUUUGUACUUUGAUUUUUGUUUUAAGAUUUUUUUUUUCAUUUUUACUUGUUUUAUGGUUUUAAGAAAUUGUUUUAAAGACAAUGUUGUUUAUGAUACGAUAGUAAAAUAUCUCAUCAUAUCUUUUAAUAUCUGUUUAAGUUGUAGAUAUUAAUUGUUUUCAUUUUUCAUUUGUAUGUCUGUUAUCAUACAACUCGGCGUUCAUUUUCCAUUAUUAAGUUCUCUGACCCGUAAUUAUUUUAAAAGACCAAUGUAUCUUCACUUAAAGCUGAAGUUUCAAUUCAGUACUUUGAUUGUUAUAACAACUGAACAAUAACCACUAGGCCACUAUGUUUCUUCAACUUUUGUGCUUUUAGUUUAACUAUGGUUCCACAUAUGGGCAGGUAUAUUGAUUUGUCUUGUCUGUCUGUCUGUCUGUCUGUCUAUCAUAAAUGUUUCUUAUUGUCCAUUUAAAGGCAUUGACCUCCAAAUACUACAACAGAGUGAAAUCAAAGCCUUGAAAUGUCUGAUAGUUGCGGGUUUUUGAUAGAUUUAUUUUUGUUUAAAUGCCAGUCUAUGAAUAUACAUGAAUGAGAAACAAAUACAAAUUUAAUGUGCCUCAUAUCUAAGAUGAACUCUGCCUGACCCAGCUUGUGAUGUAACCAUGGGCUGGAAUACCUUAUCAUGGAUAGAUCUUAUAUAAUCUAAAUGGUCAGUGUGAGUGGAUACAGGUUGAAUAAGAACUGCUUGUUCAUUGAUAAUUCAUCCGCAUUGUUCAUGAAUGGGACUAUUUUGUGUAGCACAUGAACAUCCUUUGGAUAUGAUUCGGAAUCAAAUAAAGAUGCUAUGAUUGUCAGAAAUACACUUUAAACCCGCAACCAAAAAGAAAAUAUUAAGAUACUGGGAAAUUAUUGCUACAUUUCUUAAUAAGGCUUUGAAACUUGAUUGUAUGUUAUGGAAACUCAUAAGAAUUUUUUAUUGCUGAAGCUACCCUGGUUGGAUUCUGACUCUGACAUAAAUUUUGUCUUGAUUUAGCAUUUUAUUAAAUAGUUAACAAGAAAACUUGUGUUCUAAUGUUCAUAUAAAUACGAAUAAACUUCAAUUUUACAGAAAGAUCAUAUUUAGUUAAAUCUCAAGUUUAGUUCCAUUAUGUUUUUUUGGAUAUAGAUUGUCUGGAUUGCUAUAAUAUUACUUGGUACAAGGUUCCCUAUAAAAAAACGAUGUUUCAUAUGUUUGACCUUAAGUCCUCGGCCAAGUUCGAUAACUAGCUAAAUCGGUCCAGGCACUUCGGAAUUAUGGCCCUUGAAUUAUCGAAAAUUGGCCUUUUUACUCUUGUCUGCGCUCUAAGUUGAAUAGUUCUGAUCCGGUCUUCACCAAACUUGAACCAAAUGUUUUUGACCGUAACUCCUCGGCCAAGUUUAUUAACUAGCCAAAUCGCCCGAGGCACUUCGGAAUUAUGGCCCUUGAAUUACCCAAAAUCGGCCUUUUUACUCUUCAAAGGUAUAAUUGUAGUGAGUAAACAGUAUAUAAAGACUGACUUACUAUUUAGAUGAUUAGGCAGUUGUGGGAGACAUGCACUUUUCUCAAAAGCAGCUCUAGUUUUCCCACCAAACUGAAAUGUUAAUAAAAAUGUUUUGAUAUUAUAAGUAAUUAGCAGUUGUAUAUAUGCAAAUUUAGAUACUGUUAAAUAUAUAGCACAACUGAAAGCGCUUGCAGUGAAGAAUUAAAAUGUGAAAAAACUCAAAAGUCUACUGCUGUUAUUCCUUGGAAAUUGAACUUUUAUAUAGCACAAUAUUGUAUAAACACCAUGAUAUUAGUUUAUGUUGCAGUUAAAACUGCCAGUAGGAGACUUUGUGUAUUGCUUGACAAUACUUUAUUCACUUGUUAAAUGACUUUGGUGGUUUAAGGGCUUUGCUAUACAACAUGUCUUAUAUUAUGUUUACACCCUUGCAUCUUUCCCAGUUCUGCUACAGUAUUCAUAUUUACACAGAUUGUCUCUACAGUAGUGUUCCUAUACAGUUUUGUUCAAAUGCAAUUAUGAACCGAAUCCAGAUUCUAGGUUCAGAGUUAUUUGCCCUGAAUUUGUCAAACUAUGCCAUAUUUCACUAUGUUUUUAGCCUACCAUCAUCAGAUGGUUGGCUAUUCAAAUCACUCUGCAUCCAUUGCCCGUCCGUCCGUUAACAAUUUCUCAUUAUCGCAUCUCCUCAGAAACUACUAGGGGGAUUUUGACCAAACUUUGUCAGAAUGAUGUAUUGGUACCCUAGUUGUGUCCCCCUGAAAAUCAGACUGGUUCAACAAUUUUUGAGUGAGUUAUGGCUCUUUGUUUAUUUUUUUAAUUUACAUAGAUUUAUAUAGGGAAAAACUUUGAAACACUUCUUGUCCAAAACCACAGGGCCUAGGUCUUUGAUAUUUUGUAUGUGACAUCAUCUAGUGGUCCUCUAUUAGGUUGUUCAAAUUAUUCCCCUAUGGUCAAAUAUGACCCCGCCCUGAGGGUCACAUGGUUUACAUAGACUUAUAUAGGGUAAAACUUUGAAAAUCUUCUUGUCUAAACCACAAAGCCUAGAGCUUUGAUAUUUGUAAUGUAGCAUCAUCUAGUGGUUCUCUACCAAGUUUGUUCAAAUUAUCCCUCUAGGGUCAAAUAUGGCCCCGCCCCGGGGGUCACCUGGUUCAUAUAGACUUAUAUAGGAAAAAAACUUUUAAAAUCUUCUUGUCCAUAACCUACAACAUUCAAAUUUGGACCACAUGUAUAGUGUAGAGUGGCAAGAGGAACCUUAACAUGAGUUAACAUUGAUCUUGACCUAGUGACCUACUUUCACAUUUCUGUAGCUACAGCCUUCAAAUUUGGACCACAUGCAUAGGUUUGUGUACCGAAGCAAACUUUGACAUUGACCUAAUGACCUUUCACAUUUUUGAAGGUACAGGCUUCAAAUUUGGACCACAUGAAUAGUUUUGUGUUCCAAAAUGAAAUUUGACCUUGAUUUUGACCUAGUGACCUACUUCGACAUUUCUCAAGCUACAGCCUUCAAAUUUUGACCACAUGCAUAGUUUUGUGUACCAGAAUGAACUUUGACCUUGAGAUUGACCUAGUGACCUACUUUCACAUUUCUGAAGCUACAUGCUUCAAAUUUGGACCACUUGGAUAGUUUUGUGUUCUGAAUUGAAAUUUGACCUUGAUUUUUACCUAGUACCUACUUUCACAUAUUUCUCAAGCUACAGCCUUCAAAUUUGAAGCACAUGCAUAGUCUUGUAUACCAAAAUGAACUUUGACCUUGAAAUUGAUCUAGCGACCUACUUUCACAUUUCUCAAGCUACAGCUUUCAAAUUUGGACCACAUGCAUGGACCACAUGCACAGUUUUGUGUACUGAAAAGAACUUUGACCUUGAUUUUGACCUUGAGCUAGUCUUGAAAUUUGGAACAUGCAAAAAUGGCUCAAUGGUGGGCGCCAAGAUCACUCUGUGAUCUCUUGUUACUCCAAUACAUUCAUUUUCUCCAGCUAAUUUUCUCACUAUCCUAAUUAUAUUUACACAUGUGUAUAACUAUAUAAUCUCAUAAUUUUUUUUAUAGUAUACUACAGUACUGGAAUAAUUAGGUUCAGAUUUAAUUGCUUUUGAUAUAUCAAAAAAGACAAAUUUCACUGUCUUUACACUAAAGCACCUUCAUUUCUUCAUCAAUAUUAACAGUGUGCAUAAGCACCUUCAUUUUUCACUUAUACUAAUAAUGUGUAAUUAGCACCUUAGUUUUAGUUCACCUGAGCACAAUGUGAUGGGGGUGAGCUAUUUUGAUCACUCGCCGUCCGACUUCUGUCCAUCUAUCCACACCUUUCUUAAAAAAGACAUCUCCUAUGAAACCGUGUGACAGUAGUUGAUGAAACUGAGCCUGGAAGUUCCUUGGAUGGUUUACUUCCAAAAUUGUUUAUAACAUUCAGCUUGAUUGCACAUUGAGGCUGCCAGAGCUGAAAAAAAGAAAAAUCUUCAAACAACGUCUCCUAUAGCUAGUGCGAUUUUGAAAUAAUUUCACACAAAUGGUCCUGAUGUAACCCUCUGUCAAGAUUUUCAAAUUGUUCUAGUUCAUCAAAAACAUUGCCACCAGUGGGCGUGGCCACAUUUCCCAAUAUGUAUAUAAUGGAAACUUCAAAAAUAUUCUUGUCAGAAACAGUGGGCCCACUUUUAAAAUAAUUUUACACAAAUGUCUCUUGGGUGACCAUUUACGAAGAUUGUACAAAUUAUUCUUUUUUGUCAAAAAAAACAUGGCCGCCAGGGGGUGUGGUCACUUUUCCCUAUGAGUAUGUAGAACUAUGUAGUGGAAGCUGUUUGAUACUGUCUCCUAGUAAACGGAGUCAUCAUUCCCCCAGUGUCUUACCACUCACCAACACAUACCUGCACAUGCACAUACACGCACACAAUUACCUGCCUGUAUUUAUUUAGUAGAAACUUUUCUUGUCGAAAAACACUUGCACUAUUUCAAAAUAAUUUUAGAGACAUUUUCCCUACAUAACCAUCUACCAUAACUGUUCAAACAAACAGCGUAACUCAGGUGAGCGAUCUAGGGUCAUCACCAGUACUAACAGUGUGUAUCAGAACCUUCAUUUUUCCAUACCUCAUGUUUUUAUUUCGAUGUAAAUGAGAUGUGAAACCAAAAUUUGUAGUCCUGUUUGGUGCCAUAUAACCUAUACUGUGUUGGUGCGCCAUAAAACCCAAAUAAAUAAAUAAGAACCUUCAUUUCUUCACCAAUAUGUGCAUUAUAUUUCCACAAAACUUGCUCAGGGUGUAUUAUUGGCCGAAUAGGACAGAUGUAAAGGGAUGCUUUAUUUUCUCACAUGUCAUUGUCAAGACACAUUGUUUCUUGACUAGUGUAUUAUUUAUUGUUGUCUUUUUCUCCGCACAUAAUAGAUAUUUCACUCUUCCAUUUGAAUGAAGUGGUUUGAGGAGACAUUGACUGGAGUUAUUUUUUUGAAUAAUGGUAAUCAUUGGCAGUCAAGUAUAAUGUGAAAUCUGAACAUUAAUAUCAUUAUACAUUUUUUGUUAAUCAUCCAGUCCUUGUUAAAUAUUUUUGUAAAAAUGUCGGUAACUUUUGAUUUUUAUAAAUUGAUUUUUAGCAUACUGUUUUUGUUAUUUACUUUAUUCACUCUUUUUACAUUCAAUUUGGUAAUUAAAUAUUCUAAUUAUA